AUGAGCAAUCCAGAUUCCGUGCGGGUUAAGCUGUUGUUUUUCGCGAAAUCUCGGGAACUAGCUGGUGUGUCUGGGGCGGAAGAUUUUCUUGUCCCGCAGUCUGAAAUCAAGUGUUCCGAGCUUCUCGAUCUGAUCUGUAAUCGGUUCAACCUGUCCAUCAUCCGCAACAAUGUCAUACUAGCGCAUAACGAGCAAUAUUGUGCGGAUCUCAGUGAAACCAUACGCAUACGCAACGGAGACGAGCUAGCCGUGAUACCGCCCAUCUCCGGUGGAUAG